GUCCGCUUCUUUCUCCUCUUUCCUUAGGCCGUACCUAUCAAGAUUCUUUGCUUGCUCCUAGAAAUCCUAUAUCCGUGCCGUUUCUCGCUCUCUGUUUCGUGGCUUCUCGUUCAGGCAAUCUCACAGUUUCUACGUGUUACAUCAUUUGUCCGUCUUCAACCUCUUGACAGGUAGAUACGACAGCACAACACACGCAACAUCUUCCAGAUACAUCACCAGCCAUGGCCUUGCCUUCCAACGUUCACGUCUCGCAGCAUCCCAGCUUGCUGGCCAAGCUCAGCCAACUGCGAUCCAAGUCUGCCAGCUCUCGCGACGUCAAGUCUCUGAUCCACGAGAUCUCAUUAAUCAUUGCCUGCGAGGCCGUCAGCUCGGCUCUGAAACCAGUCAAUGGCCCAAAGGAUCAAACUCCCCUGGGCUAUGAAUACACGACCGUCGUCUCUGAGCCGAACCACAUCUGCAUAGUCCCGAUCCUCCGGUCCGGCUUGGGCAUGGUUGAAGCCGUACAAACCAUGCUUCCCGACUCCGUACCUAUCCACCACCUCGGCAUGUACCGCGAGCCCUCGACCCUCGACCCCGUCGAAUACUACAACAACCUUCCCCGGCAAAGCCCGGGCUCUGCCGAGAGCAGCAAGCUGGCCAUCAUCGUCGAUCCUGUCAUCGCUACUGGCGGUACGUGUGCGGCAGCCAUCCAGACGCUGCGCGAAUGGGGUGCCAGAAGGGUGCUUGUACUGUCUGUCCUGGGGGCUGAAGAAGGUGUCCAGAGGGCUGCUGCCGAGUGGCCCGAAGGUACGGAGAUUUGGAUCGCGGGCGUCGACAAGGAGCUGACUGAUGGGGGCAUGUUGAAGCCCGGCUUGGGCGAUGUUGGAGACCGUCUGUUUUUGACUAUUGGCAAAUAAGCAGCGCAUUCUUGCUUGAACAGGUGGAUAUCAGAGGACCAAGUGUUUAGAAGACGGGACAACUGACUGAUAUAUAGCGCUAGAUAUAGCCUUAAAUGGGGACGAGUGUCGGCAGGCUUACUUGGAAGGCUCUACUGGCUUUGCUUGCCAUAGGGAAAUGUCUCCGGCAAGAGGAACAUGUGAGAGGGCAGCAGAGGAGAGCUUUCCUAAAACAUCUCCUGUGACCUUCUCGAACAAUCUCCCUGACAACAUGCUUUCCUUGCGCCCG